AUGGGCUCCGUGCAGCAGCGCCUGGAGCGCUUCCUCUACAGUCCCGGGCCGAUCGGUGACUUGCUGGGUCAGCUGGAAGCCCGUACCGGCGUCCAACGGCUCUACCUGGCCACAGGUUCCGUGGCUUUUCUGGGGCUGUACCUCAUGUUCGGUUAUGGUGCUUCUCUCCUCUGCAACAUUAUCGGCUUCGUUUACCCCGCCUACGUCUCCAUCAAAGCCAUCGAGAGCCACAGCAAGGAGGAUGACACCAUGUGGCUCACGUACUGGGUGGUCUACGGCGUCUUCAGCGUCGCCGAGUUCUUCUCCGACCUUUUCCUCUACUGGUUCCCCUUCUACUACGCCGGGAAGUGCCUGUUCCUGGUGUGGUGCAUGUCCCCAGUGCCCUGGAACGGCUCCCAGGUCAUCUACCACAGCGUCAUCCGGCCCUUCUUCCUCAAGCACCACAGCACCGUGGACAACGUGAUGGGUGACAUCGGCACUAAGGCCCUGGAUGCGGCCUCCACUGUCACCCGAGAAGGCGUCAAAGCACCCCUGAACCUGGCGGAGUUACUGCAGAAGGCGAAGUAA